AUGGAAAAGUCUAAUUAUACUCCUGAAAAUUUGUCUUCUAGCUGGGAACGUGUAUCAGAUAUGUCUUCUAGUAAUGCGUCAACUGAAAAUAUUCAUGCAUCUGGUGAUAGUACAUUUUGGCGAGGACAAGAUGAUAUUGUUAUCACUGGUGUAAGUGGACGUUUUCCUAGAUCAGAUAAUAUGGCUGAAUUUGAACAACAUUUGUAUGCUGGUGAUGAUUUAAUUACUGAGGAUGAUCUCAGAUGGACUCCUGGUUUAUUUGGACUUCCAAAUCGUCAUGGAAAACUAAAAGAUUUAAAAAAAUUUGAUGCCCAAUAUUUUGGAGUUACACCUAAACAAGCUAAUUUUAUGGAUCCACAAUCAAGAUUAUUAUUGGAAUGUGUUGGUGAAGCUAUGCUUGAUGCUGGAUUAAAUCCAAAAGAUUUAAGGGGUACAAGAACUGGUGUUUUUGUUGGUUGCUCUGCUUCAGAAACAAGUGGUGCUUUAACACAAGAUCCAGAAACUGUUACAGGUUAUACAUUAACAGGAUGUGUCAGAUCUAUGUUUAGUAAUCGUAUCAGUUAUACUUUUGAUCUUCGUGGUCCAUCAUUUAGUGUUGAUACAGCAUGUUCUUCAUCAUUAUGUGCACUUCAGUUAGCUUUGGAUUCAAUGAGACAAGGACAAUGUGAUUCAGCUAUUGUAGCUGGUAGUCAUAUAACACUUACUCCUACUGCUGCACUUCAAUUUUUAAGACUUGGAAUGUUAUCAGAUGGUGGUGCAUGUAGAACAUUUGACGAAUCCGGUGAUGGAUAUUGUCGUACAGAAGGUGUUGCUGCAAUUCUUUUACAACGUGUCCCAGUAGCUAAACGUAUUUAUGCAACUGUUGUACAUGCAAAAUCAAAUACAGAUGGUUUUAAAGAUCAAGGUAUUACUUUUCCAUCUGGUGAAAGACAAGCAGCUUUACUUGAAGAAGUUUAUAAAGAGGCUAAUAUUGAUCCAAAUAGUGUAACUUACGUUGAAUGUCAUGGUACAGGAACAAAAGUAGGAGAUCCACAGGAAGUAAAUGCAAUUUGUGAAGUAUUUUGUAGUAAUCGCUCUUCUGAUAACCCACUUCUUGUUGGUUCAAUUAAAUCUAAUAUGGGACAUGCUGAACCAGCUUCAGGUGUGUGCUCAUUAGCGAAGGUCAUUCUUGCUAUGGAAAGGGGUGCAAUUCCACCUAACCUUCAUUAUAAAACACCAAAUCCAUAUAUACCAGGUCUGUCUGACGGUCGUCUAAAGGUUGUCUCUGAAGUUACACCAUUUAAAGGUGGUUAUGUUGGUAUUAAUUCAUUUGGUUUUGGUGGAUCAAAUACUCAUGUUUUAUUAAAAGCUGCUGAUCAUAAAGUUAAUGAAAUUAAAGGUACAUCAAAUUUACCAAGAUUACUUAUAUAUCCUGGAAGAACACAAGAAGCAGUAAAAGAAAUAUUUAAAAAUGUUGAAGAAAAUAAAGAUAAUGUUUAUUUACAAAGUUUAUUAUACAAUCAAAUAGAUAUGUCACCAAAAGUUGCUCCAUAUCGUGGUUAUAUGCUUUUUAAUCGUAAAGGUACAGAUGAUAUAAUAACUGAUAUUCAAAAAAUUGCACAAAGUGAUCCUCGUCAAAUUUGGUUUGUUUAUUCCGGUAUGGGAUCACAAUGGCCUGGUAUGGCACAAGGAUUAAUGUCAAUACCUCUUGUUGAUGAAUCAUUACGUGCAUCCUCAAAAUGUUUAGAACGAUUUGGUAUUGAUGUUUAUGGAAUGUUAUGUAAUUCUGAUCCAGCACAAUAUCAAAAUAAUACAUUAAAUUGUAUGCUUGCUAUUUCAUCAAUUCAAAUAGCUCUUACUGAUUUAAUAUUAUAUCUUGGUGUUGUUCCCGAUGGUUUAAUUGGACAUUCAACUGGUGAAAUGGGUUGUGGAUAUUGUGAUGGUUCAUUAUCAAGAGAACAAACUAUGGAAUUAGCUUAUUAUCGUGGUACAAGUAUUAUGGAAAGUAAAUUACCAAUUGUUGGUGGUAUGGCUGCUAUUGGUUUAUCAUGGGAAGAAGCUGAAAGAAGAUGUCCAAAAGGUGUUGUUCCAGCUUGUCAUAAUGGUGCUGAAUCUGUAACAAUAUCUGGUGAUGCUGAUAAAAUUAAAGAAAUGGUUGAUGAAUUAACUAAAGAAGGAGUAUUUGCAAAGUAUGUUGAUACAUCAGGAAUUCCAUUCCAUUCUCCACAAAUGCUUCAAGUUAAAGAUGCUAUGUUAAAUGCUAUGAAACAAGCUGUUACUGAACCAAAAGAAAGAUCAUCUAAAUGGAUUUCAACAUCAAUUCCUGAAUCUGAAUGGGAUUCUGAAUUAGCUAAAACAUCAUCUGCUGAAUAUCAUGUAAACAAUGCCUGUUCUCCAGUACUUUUUUAUUCUGCUCUUCAAAAAAUUCCAGUAAAUGCUAUUGUUAUUGAAAUUGCACCACAUGCACUUCUUCAAGCUAUUCUUAGAAGAAAUUUACCAAAAACAUGUACUAAUAUUGGUUUAGUAAGUAACAGAGCAGAUAAUGAAUUAGAAUUUACUUUACAAGCAAUUGGAAAAAUUUAUCAAGCAGGUGGAGUAAUUUUCCCUCAAAAACUUUAUCCAAAAGUUACAUAUCCUGUACCAAAAGGUACACCAAUGAUUGGACCAAUGUGGAAAUGGGAUCAUUCACAAGAUUGGUCAGUUGUUGAUGGUAAAAUGAUGGCAACAUGUGGUGGUGGACAAGUACCAUCAUCAGCAUCAUACAAUAUUGAUCCAUUUGCUAAUGAUUCAAAAGAUGUUUAUCUUCUUGAUCAUUGUAUUGAUGGUAGAGUAUUAUAUCCAUUUACAGGACAUAUGGUACUUGCAUGGAAAACAUUAUGUAAAAUUAAAGGAGUAGAUUUUCAAUCAACACCAGUUGUUUUAGAAAAUGUUAAUGUUUUUAAAGCAACAAUAUUAACUAAACCAAUUAGAUUAGAUGUUGUUGUAACACCUGGUACAGGAUAUUUUGAAAUUUUAGAUGAAGAUCAAGUAUGUGCUAGUGGAAAAAUUUAUAUUCCAGAUGAAUCACAACCACCAUAUUAUGAUGAUUUCAAAGGUAUUGAACCUGCACCAAUUGGUGAAAGAAUUGAACUUGAUUCAGAUGAUUCUUAUAAAGAACUUCUACUUCGUGGUUAUGAAUAUAAAGAAGCUUUCCGUGGUAUAUAUAAAGUAUGUAAUUCUGGAGAAAAAGGUAAAUUAUAUUGGAAUGGAAAUUGGGUAACAUUUUUGGAUUCUUUACUUCAAACAUCUUUACUUGUUGAAAAAGCUGAUACAUUACGCCUUCCAACUAGAUUAAGAUAUCUUCGUAUUGAUCCUGUUAAACAUUUAAAUUCUGUUAUUGAUGAAAAAGGUCUUCAACUUAUUGAACUUCGUAAUGAUGUUCCUACAAAUGGUUGUAUUGCUGGUGGUGUUGAAUGUUGUGAAUUAACUUCAAAUACUGUCUCUAGAAGAAUACAAAUUUCUGGACAACUUUAUAUGGAAAAAAUAUUCUUUGUCAAAAAUGCUGAUGAUCAUGCCUUUUCUGAUUUUCCAAAAGAUGCUUCAUGUUUAACAUCAUACAAAGAAUCACUUAAAGCAUUACUUUAUCAAGGUCUUUGUGAAUGGAAAAAAUCAGGUGAACUUGAAUCAUUUGAAAAUUCAGAAAUACUUAAUAUUAUUAUUAAUAAACUUAAAAAUGUUUUACCUAAAUCUGAUAGUGAAAUGACAAGUAAAUAUACUGAAGAAACACAAUAUUCAUUAUAUCGUACAUUAAGUGAUAUUUUUAAUCAAUCUUUAAAAUCAACUUCUAUGGAUCAAAAAUUAGAAGAUACAAUUAUUAAUAAAAUGCAAUCAUCAUAUAAAACAUUUGAUAGUGAUAAAUUAUGGGGUGCAUCAUUUAAUCAUGAUCGUAUUAUAAAAGUUAUUCAUGAUAUUGUUAUAGAAAAUACUGCUGGACAUAAAGCAAGAUGUGGUAUUUUUAAUGCUACAUCUACUGAUAUAUUAAAAUAUCUUAUCAAAUCUAUUGAGUCUCAUCCAUUAUUAGAAGUUGAAUGGAAUGUUGUUGGAAAUACUAAUAAUAGUUUAGAUGAAAAUACUUUAACUCAAUUAGGUAUUAAGAAACAAACAAUUAACUUUGAUUCACCAGAUGCUAAAUUAAAUGAUAGUAAACCAUUUGACUAUAUAAUAUUAGAUAAAGUAUUAAAUAAGCAAAAUAAUCCAAUAACCUUUAUUAAGAAAUGUUGUGAAUUUUUAAGAAGUGAUGGAUUUAUUAUUAUUAAUGAAUAUACAAAAGAUUUUGAAUUUGUUACUUCUAUUGAAGUAUUAAAUGGUAGAAAAUUAUCAUCUAAAGAUGAGAAUGGACGUAUAUUCGGUGCUUUCUAUACACAUGAUAUGUUAUUAAAUUUAUUUAAAGAAACUGGUUUAACUGUUUCUUGUUAUCAAACUGAUCCAAGUAUGUUAACAACAAUGUAUAUAAUACGUAAAGUACCAACUGAACCCAAAGAUCCUGUUAUUAUUAAUGUUGAUGAUGUUGAAAAUUUUGAAUGGAUAGAAGAUUUAAAAGUUAAAAUUGAAGAACGUCUUACUGAACCUGAUACAAAAUCUAUUUGGCUUGUCUCAGAUAAAGUUCGUAAUAAUGGUGUUAUUGGUAUGGCAUUAUGCUUUAAUGAAGAAAAUUUAAAAAAUAAUAGAUUUAGAACAUUUUGUGAUAUUUCUGUUAAAGAAUGUAAUAGAACAGGACCACCAAAAAUUUCACUUGAUAAUGAAGAAGGCAAACAAAUUAUGGAUCUUGAUUUACAUGCAAAUAAUUAUAGAGAUGGAGUUUGGGGAUGUAUGAGACAUAUUGUUGUUAAAGAUGAAGAACAACAUGUUUAUAAAGAUUGUGAACAUGCAUUUAUUAAUACAUUAGUUAGAGGUGAUGUUGCUUCAUUAAAAUGGUUUGAAUCACCAAAUCAAUUUUAUGAUUCAUUCCCAAAUAAAUCACCAACACAAGAUUUAUGUUCAGUAUAUUAUGCUGCAAUAAAUUUCCGUGAUGUUAUGUUAGCUUAUGGUAGAUUACCACCAGAUGCUAUUCCAGGAAACUUUGCUGAUCGUGAAUGUUUAUUAGGAAUGGAAUUUGCUGGAAGAUUAAGAAAUGGUAAAAGACUUAUGGGAAUAUUACCAGCUCAAGCAUUAGCUACUACAGUUGUUGUUGAUACAGAAUAUGCUUGGGAAGUUCCUGAUAAUUGGACAUUAGCUGAAGCCGCAACUGUUCCUGUUGUUUAUGCUACUGCAUAUUAUGCACUUGUUAUGCGUGGACAAAUUAAAAAAACUGAUCGUGUUCUUAUUCAUGGUGGUUCUGGUGGUGUUGGUCAAGCUGCUAUUGCUAUUGCUUUAUCAUAUGGUUGUGAAGUUUUUACAACUGUUGGUACAGAAGAAAAGAAACAAUUUUUAAUGAAACGUUUCCCACAAUUAAAAGAUAAACAUUUUGCUAAUAGUAGAAAAGCUAACUUUGAAACAUACAUUAGACGUGUUACUCUUGGUAAAGGUGUUAAUAUUGUUCUUAAUUCAUUAGCACAAGAAAUGCUUCAAGCAUCUGUACGUUGUAUUGCACAACAUGGUAAAUUCUUAGAAAUUGGUAAAGUUGAUUUAUCACAAAAUUCAUCACUUGGUAUGGCUGUUUUCUUAAAAAAUGUAACAUUCCAUGGUAUUUUACUUGAUGCUGUUAUGGAUACAUCUAUUGGUUGUAAAGAAGAUUGGCUUCAAGUAUCAGAACUUCUUAAAAAUGGAAUUAAAAGUGGUGUUGUACAACCAUUACCAUAUUCAUCAUUCUCUGCAGAGAAAGCUGAAGAUGCCUUCCGUUUCAUGUCAGCUGGUAAACAUAUUGGUAAAGUUUUAAUGGAAAUUAGACAAGAAGAAAAAGAAAAAAUUUGUGUACCAAAACCAAUAAAAGUUAAAGCUAUAUGUAGAAGUUUAUGUAAUCCAAAAUAUUCUUAUCUUAUAACAGGAGGAUUAGGUGGUUUUGGAUUGGAAUUGUCACAAUGGUUAAUUAAUCGUGGUGCUAGAAAUAUUAUUUUAACAUCAAGAUCAGGAAUAAGAACAGGAUAUCAAGCACGUCUUGUACAUUUCUGGAGAAGAAUGGGUGUUAAUGUAUUAAUAUCAACACUUAAUAUAGGAAAUGAAUCAGAAACAUAUACAUUAAUACAACAAUGUCAAGAACUUGGUCCUAUUGGUGGUAUUUUCCAUCUUGCUAUGGUUUUACGUGAUUGUCUAUUUGAAAAUCAAAAUGUUAAAAAUUUCCGUGAUUCAGCAGAAGCUAAAUAUUUUGGUACAAUGAAUUUAGAUAAUAUUUCAAGAAAAUUAGUAUCAAAAGAUACAUUACGUUGGUUUGUUGUAUUUUCUUCUAUUUCUGCUGGACGUGGUAAUGCUGGACAGACAAAUUAUGGAUGGUCAAAUUCUACUAUGGAACGUAUGAUUGAACAAAGAAGAGAAGAUGGAUAUCCAGGAAUAGCUAUUCAAUGGGGAGCUGUUGGUGAUGUAGGUGUUAUUCUUGAAAAUAUGGGAGAUAAUAAUACUGUUGUUGGUGGUACAUUACCACAACGUAUGCCAUCAUGUUUAACAACAUUAGAUUUAUUCUUAUCAUGGAAUCAUCCUAUUGUAUCAUCAUAUAUUAAAGCUGAUAAUAUUAAUAAGAAAUCAUCUGGUAGUGGCAAUCUUUUACAAACAAUAGCACAUAUUCUUGGUGUUAAUGAUAUUACACAAUUAAAUCCAGACACUAAUCUUGGUGAUCUUGGUUUAGAUUCAUUAAUGGGUGUUGAAAUUAAACAAGCACUUGAACGUGACUAUGAUAUUGUUUUAUCAAUGAAAGAUAUUCGUACAUUAACAUUAAAUAAACUUCAACAAAUGGCUGAAAGUGGAGGAACGAAUGAUUCAGAAAAUUUCGGAACAUCUGAAAAAGAUUUAAUGAAAGAGAAUAAAUUAGAUGAGGAAAAAAAUACUGUUGAAGCAUUAGAAAAACAACUUAAUCAAUUAUUCAAAUUAAGAGUUGAUGUUAAUGAUUUGGAACCACAAGAAAUAAUAAUUAAAUGUAAUGAAGUAGAAGAAGGACCAAAAGUAUUCUUCCUUCAUUCAAUUGAAGGAAUUGCUACACCAUUAAUGAAAGUAAUGAAAAAUUGUAUAUUCCCAGCAUAUUGUUUCCAAUCAACAAAAGAUGUACCAAAUGAUUCAAUUGAAAGUGUUGCUGAUAAAUAUAUAAAUGAAAUGAAAAAAAUUCAACCAGAAGGUCCAUGGAGAUUAAUUGGUUAUUCUUAUGGUGCAUGUAUAGCAUUUGAAAUGGCAACAAAACUUCAGCAAAAAGAAGGUGAAAAUGCUGUUGAAAAAUUAAUUCUUUUAGAUGGUUCACAUUUAUAUAUGCAAACAUAUAGAGAUGUUUAUCGUAAAGCAUUUGGUGUUACUGGAGAAACAUUAACAAAUGAUCCAUUAUUUGAAACUGAAAUUUUAGUUGCAUUAACUUUCCGUUUUGCUAAUGUUGAUUAUAAGAAAUAUCGUAUAGAAUUAUUACAACUUCCUAGUUUUAAAGCAAGAGUACAAAAAGUUGUUGAUACAGUUAUGACGACAGGACUUUUCAAGUCUCCAGAUACUAUACAAUUUGCCUGUGAAGCUAUGCGCUGUAAAUUUUUAAUGGCUGAUAAAUAUAGACCAGUUAGAAAAUUCAAUGGUCAAAUAACAUUAAUAAGAGCUGAACAGGGAGCUGCUCGUGAAGAAGAUGUUGGUUCAGAUUAUGGCAUCAGUCAAGUGUCUAUGGAUAGUCAAGUUUAUGUUGUACCAGGAGAUCAUGAUACAUUUGUACAGGGCAAAAAUUCAUUAAAGACAGUUGAACUUAUAAAUACAUUAGUUGAAAAAUCAUAUCAAAAAUAG